UAAGUCAGUGGUGAGCAAGACAGUAUCACAGCAACACUAAAUAUGCUUCUCAUAGUACUGCUGAUAGCUGGAUGUUCUGGUGGAAGGUUUGUUGAAAAAGUAAAUGAAGUUUCCAGGGAAAAAAGAUCUGCGGGUUGGAAGGAGUUGAAUAGAUCAGAUCAAAAUUCUGAUGAAGAUGAAGAGCCUUCUCCGGGACAAAAACAAGUUUAUGAAACUGUACACGAGUAUCAAAUACCAAUUGUACAACAAGAUCCGUGCCGGUUUUGGUCCGCCAUCUUUAAUCUGAGACCAUGCUUUCAACAGCUGAGAGGAUACAAUCCUAUGGAGGAUCUUAACUUUCUCAAUCCAAAGGAGAUUGUACGGAAAUAUGAACGCCUGACUGAAACAGAGCCUGUGAAUGAAAAGAUUACUUUGGUGCAACCAGGAGAGAGCAAAGUUAAACCAGUAAAACCUAGUUAUAUAAUCCGAUUGGAUUCGAACUCCUCUGCUGACUGGGAGGUCCGGGUAAUCAGGAAAACUACAAGAAUUUCACCUGAAAUAGUAUCAUCAUCUUCAACAUCCAACACAGGAUGGACAUCAAGAGUAUCUACAACAACAUGUACAACAACAUCAACAACUACAACAAAAUCAACAACUACAUCAGGAUGGUCAUCAAGAGUAUCAACAACUGCAAGUACAACAACAACAACAACUACAACUACAACUACAACACAAUCAACUACAACAACAACAACAACAGGAUGGACAUCAAGAUCGACAACAACAGCAUCAACAACAACAACAACAAAGACAACGACGACAACAACAACAACAACAACAACAACAACAACUACAAAAACCACAACAACAACAACAACUACUACUACCACUACUACAUCAGGCUGGAAAGAGACUGAAGCCCCGACAACAAUGGAUUCUGGCUGGAAUGAUAGACCACAUGAGAAUGAGUUUGCUGAACUGUUAUUGCCAAAGUUACACGAAAGUUUAUUCCCCGAAGAAGAUUACAGCAAACCUGAAACUGAAGAUAAUUCUGAAAUAAAUGCACCUGAAUCUAAUGAACCUGAACAUCUGAAUUGGUAAAUGCAAUUGUCUACAUCACAUGUGGAAUAGUUUAAAUUGAAAUAAAUAUCCAUUUUGGUUGCUUA